AUGAGCCGCUCGAAAAACAACAAGACGCAAAAGAAAGAUGGGAAUCAUCGGGCCGAGACAAAAGAGGAAAGGAUGGUUCGUCUCAAGGAGCAAGCAGAAGCUCGGGAGGCGUGCUUCAAAAUCCUUCCCAUGAUACUAGGAGGAGUCUUGAUCUUUAUGUUAAUGUUUGGGCUCUACGUGAACAACGUCCCACCCAAGGAACGCAAAACCCAGCAGGUAACCCCCACCGAGGAGCAAAUUCGUAUGGCACAAGAAGCUAUGAAGGAUGGAAGCUUUAUGGCUGCCAUGAACGAUGCCGGUUCUACAGCCAAGACAGAGGACGAGGAACCACCAGCCGAAGCACCGGAUCUCUCAUCAUUGCAAGAUGACGCCGGCAGUGACGAGCAUGUCGAAUUGUAG